AUGGCAAAUAACAAUUCUUGGAAGACCACACUCCCCUGGAUCCUCCUCCAAUGGGUGAAUUUCGUCAUAGGACAGGAGAGCCCUUUAUCGUAUGUGCCAACAUACGGAGACCAACAGCCAUUAAUUUGGGGCCAAGAAGGCAUCAGUCUGGACGCUCUAGUUUCAGAUCGUUAUUUAAAAUUUAGUUUGAAGAAGGAACUAGAGAGGCGCCUAUCCAAUAAAGCCACAAUAUCACUGGCUGGCGAUGAAAGCUUCACGAUACUUAAUGCUCGAUACUCCAACUAUAAGCGACCGGAGUACAUCGCUGUUGUACAGGCUGCAGAAGAAAACGAUGUGGUCGAGACUGUCAAUUAUGCACGCUCAAGAGGCAUUCCAUUUGCAGCAAGAGCCGGUGGUCACAGUCUGACCACCUCGCUUCGCCGCAUCAAAAAUGCCAUCGGGAUCGAUAUACGCGGCCUAAAAAGUGCAGUUUACGAUGAGAAAAAACAGCUGAUGACAGUAGGCGGCGGCAUCACUACAGGUGAGUUCGCAAACGCGACAUAUGCUAGAGGCAUGGAAGUCACCGUUGGCUCGUGUCCUUGCACCGGCGUACUGGGAGUCUCCCUGGGCGCGGGCAUUGGUAGGCUCCAGGGGAAAUACGGCUAUCUCAACGACAAUCUGGUAUCGGCUCGCCUUCUACUAGCGAAUGGAACCGUGAUUCGAGUAUCAGCUAAAUUCAACUCGGACCUUUUUUGGGCUAUCCGAGGCGCUGGACACAACUUUGGUAUUGUGGUUGAGGCAACAUACCAGAUAUAUCCUCAACUAAAUGAUGGAAAGCACCUUGUGGUGGAUUUCGAAUAUGCAUUGCACCAGACAGAGGAUGUACUGGCGGCGCUAAAUUCUAUCUCUAAUCCGAUGCCCAAGGAGCCGACGAUCAACAUUAAUCUUGUGUAUUCAGGCCCCGAAGUAGACGCUGCCCCAUACACCAAACUAUUCGACAAGAUAUCGCCGAUCUGGAAGGAUACCAAAAUUGCCACGUGGGAUGCCCUGCCAUGGGCAACCUACAAUGGUCUCAAUAACAUCCUUUGCACACCCCAGGGAUGGGCAAGAUUUCCGAUCAAGAACUUUUACGCCGCCAACGCCAAGAGCUAUGACAUCCCCACCAUACGGUCCUAUAUCAAUUCGUGGCGUAGCAUGAAUGAAAAGUAUGAAGGGAGAGCGAUGUUCAGCUUCAUGUUUGAAUCUUUCGCUCAGCAGAAGAUCCAGGAGUUGCCAGACGAUGCGACAGCCUAUCCGUGGAGACAUGGCUCGCAGCAUUUUCUCAUGAUUGAAGGUGCAUACAAAGACACAGAGUUAGAGCAGGAAAUUGACGAAUGGUUAUCGGAGCAACAAGACAAAUUAAUCGAGGGAUCUGGCUAUGGAAGACUCCAGCAGUACGUCAACUACGGUCACGGCUCCAAGGACGCACCAGAAGCCUUGUACGGUUAUGAACCCUGGAGGUUGGAGAGGCUUCGGCGCCUCAAAAAGGAAUAUGACCCCGAAGGCUGGUUUAAUGGUUACCAGCCUCUGCUCGUUAUGUCUGAGCUUGAGUUUUGA